AUGGGUCCGGGCGCUAACGCGGCAGCAUGUCAAGGUAAAUCGAACGGUUUCCAUAAAGAAAACGAGAAACUGUCGAAUUAUGAGAAAAUAAUCGAGGAGGAACGUGCGGACACUAUCCAGCCGACGCUGUCACGGCCUCCUCUGAUGCGCCACUGCAUCAGCCAAGCAUCGUUAGCCAAUUCGUAUCUAGCGGGAUGUCCUAUAGAGAAUGGUGUGAAGUCUUCAUCGGGCAAGGAUUCCGAAUAUUCGCCCAUAUUUCGUUCGGGAAGUUGUUCUGAGAUGGGUCCAAAACCGUACAUGGAGGAUGAGUUCAUUUGCGUUGAUAACCUCUCCGAACAUCUUGGCUCGUCCGCCAAUGGUUUCACUUCUCCCGGUGCAUUUUAUGGUGUGUUCGAUGGUCAUGGAGGCACAGAUGCCGCUUCUUUCACCAAGAAGAAUAUCUUGAACUUUAUCGUUGAGGAUUUAGAUUUCCCACAUGGGAUGAAGAGAGCCCUAAAGAAUGCUUUUGUGAAAGCCGAUCAUGCGCUGGCGGACGCCAAGAAUCUCGAUCGAUCGUCUGGGACCACUGCUCUCACUGCCCUCAUGUUGGGAAGGAAAAUGAUAAUCGCGAACGCGGGGGACUCACGGGCGGUGCUAGGGAAGCGGGGCCGGGCGGUGGAGCUAUCUAAGGACCACAAGCCCGAGUGCACGUCCGAGCGGGCCCGGAUCGAGAAGCUCGGCGGGGUGAUCUACGACGGAGUUUCAAAGAUAGCCUCUUUGCAAGUGGUGGAUGUCACUGCAAGAGAGUGA